GUUUUUUUCUUUCUUCUUAUUCUUCAUUUGAAUGUAUUUCUUUUCGUAUAUGUUUGUGAAUAUGCUUGCAGUUUAAUUUUAAAAAGGAAAUCCUGAUUAUUUCACAGGAAAUCCGCUUUUUCUUUUCAUAUUAAAAAAAAAUCGACAAACUUCCCAAAAAUGAAUAAAAAGAAAAACCAAUAGAGAAAGAAAAUUUUUCUUCCUUGAUGGAAAUCGAUUUUUCCCAACACCAACAGUGGUAAAAAACGGUAUUUUUUCUUGCCCUUUCUGUCUCUCUCUCUUUCUUGUUCUCUGCCCUUCUCACACUCCUCCAUUUUUCUAUACUCCUCUCGCUUAAUCUCAUGUUGAAAAUAUAGCAGCUAAUGGAUAUUAAAAGCGGUACUAUGGUGAUGGUAGGUGGUGUAUCGUGGUGAAUUCACAGUUGAGAAUGUGGUGAAUAUGUGGAAAAAAAUGUAAUUUUUGAUUUGCCAAAGGGCAGUCUAUUUUAAUAAUUUUAAUGUGCAGAAUUCAUCGAGGCCUGAAAAAAGUGUAAUUUAUUUCUUAUAACAAAAGUUAGAAAGUAAUUAAAAAUGGAUGUCACUGAUGUGACCGAUAUCGAUGUCUCGUAUAUUAGAGAAUGCUUAAGCUACCUAAAGGCCUAAAAAAGAAAAAGAAAGGAAAGAAAUCGAAAAAAGAUCAAGAACUCUUCACCGAAGAGGAACUCGAACAAUACAAGCGUGAGCAGCGUGCCAAACAAGAGGCCGCACUUGAGGCAGCCAAAUCAGACGUUGGUGAAUCUGACGGUGCAUCAGACGUCGAGAAGGGUUCGACUAGUGGAUCAGUUGCAUCAUCAGCACAUCCAGUAGAAAAUUCCGGCACAUCGGGAGAGGCUGCAGCUGCAACUAACGGUACAUCAAGUACAGUUGAUAAAACCGAAAACGACGAAGAGUGGGCUAAAUUCAAAGCCCUUACUUCGGGAGUAGACUCAGUCCUUCAUAAAACUCAACAGGAGUUAGAUCACAUCAAACAGACUUCUUUCUAUCAGCGACUUCCAUCAGCAGCUGAGAAGAAGAAGCAAGAAGAGGAAGAAGCUGCAGCUCGUGAGGCUGCACGCCUUGCAGAAGAGCGUCGUUUAGCCGAGGAGAAGGAAGCCAAUCGGGAUAAGUUAGCCGAAGCUGUUGUUGAGCUCUCCGAGUCCGAAGAAGAAUCGGAGGAAGUAGGUGAUAUCUUCGCAACUGAUUACAUAGAUGCCAUCACCAGUGGAGAGCUUCAACUAGGUGUUGUCCCAGAUUCACCGGAGCUUGAAAUCGACGAAGGGCCUGAUCCAUUUGACACAGCCUACGCAGAAAAGGUAAUCGUAGGCGCCGAUAAGGCCAAGGGAGGUAAGAAACUAGUGAGCCUUGGUGCUGCAGUCGAGGUUCUUACAGGACGAGUAGACCGUGAUCACGCGGUUGCCCUCAGUGGAGCCAAGCGAAAACCCAGAAAAGGUGUUCAAGAUCUUUUGCUUGAUGAAAGUAUCGAUUUAGAGGCCGUUGCAACAGAAGUCGAAGCAGUUUCAGCAACUCCGGAACCAACUAAUCUUCUAGACGAGCUAGCUGAUGAUAUUCCAAACGACGUUCCUAUUGACUUAACAGCGUCAUUGCAUUUGCAAUUCCUCAAGAAGCCAAAAGUCGAAGACGAGUAUAACGACGAAGAAGAAGAAGGCUUAGGAGGGUUCUUACCCGAACGUGAGCCAGCAGAGGGUGCUGAAGAUUUACCACCCAGUGAUAUUGUCGCUGAGUUCGAUGUUUUGAAAUACGAGGAAGACGAUGAAUUUGCAGAACUAGCUGCAGAAUCUCUGACCAAAAAGGAAGAAGUCAAAGUAAUUACACAGGUUCCCGUACCAAUAGCAGUAAGUGGACCUAUAGAGGGAGAUUGGGCUGAAUUUGAGCAGACUCCAAACGAACUCGAACAAACCUCAACAGGUGGAAAGGUUAAACCUCCAAGGCCAGCAGGCCCACCACCUCGCCCAACCAGCGGUCCACAUAUCGCCCCUGGUGUAAUCCAUCUAAGUGACGACGACGAUUUUGCUUUAGAGGACGAUCCAUUCGACACAACUUUCGUUGAAAAGGUUGUCACCGCCCAAGAAGACGACGACGACGAUUUUGACUUUGAUCCACGGGCCGAAGAACGAAAGGCCCCUGUGGUUCCACCUCCUCCCAAGAAAAUUCUGCAGCGUGAUCUUUUCAAUACAAAUUUUGCAGAUUCCGACGUUUCUUCCAAUCUUCUCGGAGCUCAACAAAAAGAUCUUCUUGCCGGCAGUACCACAGACUUAAGUGCAGUUGGGGCAGCACCCAUUGCCCCCAUCCCUGAGCCAAGUGAAGAAGAUUUCGAUCCUUUUGAUACAUCAGCUGUAAGUGUCAUUGUUCAACCCAAGGAAGUUGAACUUAAAGUACUCGAAAAGGAACUUCUACAGGACUCUAAGCUCAAGCACUCACUGAGCGAUCCAGACUUUGAUCCACGUGCCGAGGAGGAGCCAGCAACUCCAGUGGCUCAAAUCCAAACACCUUCGGAACCUUUUGAUCCCGCACGUCGAAAGUCUUCCCUCAGCCUAAACCUACAGUCAAAGACAGUUGGGUUUUUGGUUCCAAAAAAUCAGGAUUUACUCGGAGCAAAUAACGAUGGUGGCAAAGUUCAAAAGCCACUAACACCAUAUUACGCCAAGUCAGAGUCAAUACCUGAGAAAGAUAACGAAGAUCCAUUUGAUACGUCGUUUGUUCCAGCAAAUAAGCCAUCAGAAGUUGAAUUAAAGAAUCUAGAGCAGGAUCUGCUGACAAGCAAUCUUAAGCAUAGUUUAUCUGAUCCAGAUUUUGAUCCACGAGCUCCUCCAACACCAGUUGCACCAGCUGAUUUGUUGGGAGUUCAAGAAAAUAUCAAUAUAAAAGUUCUGACUCCAGCUCAGGAGAGCAAGGAUAUUGUUGAAGAGCCAGAGGCGAUUAUCGAUCCAUUUGACACAUCGAUUGCAGCAAAUAUCGCCCCCGGAAAGGCGGAGCUGAAGGUUAUAGAAGACGAACUCUUGCCAGCACAGACCCCAGAAAUCACAACAGGAGUUCUAGACACUCUCACAGACGCUCAGGAACUCGGUUUGGGAGACAAAGUUUUGACUCCUCAACUGACUCGCAGAGAAGUUAGCACACCAGAGGAUAUUGACCCAUUUGACACAUCAAUUGCUGAGAAUCUAGCACCAGGGCAGACAGAAAUCAAGCUUCUUGAGAACGAAUUAAUCGAACGUUAA